AUGCGAGGUAGACUUCCACCUAAAGACUUUUUGCUUGAUCCUGAAAUUUCAAGGACUGAGAGGAGACUGAGGAAGGCGGCUAGGCAGAUAAUUUGGGAAGAUUUGAAAAGCGUACCUGCACAACCAAAACAAGAGAUGGAAGGAAACAACAACGCUGAUGGUGGCAGAGGCCACAAUGCAAUUAAUCCACCCCCAAGAUUGUUGGAAAGUAUUCUGACACCAGUGUUCAAUAGGCCAAACUCAAGCAUAGUCAGGCCGACGGUGGAGGCAAACAAUUUUGAGUUGAAACCAUCAUUGAUUUCUUUGGUGGCAAGAGCUCAAUAUUCUGGUGCUGACGAGGAAGACCCUCAUGAGUUGGUGAUUAAUGGUGCAGCUGGAGGUUCUAUUUGGCAGAGUACCUCAGAGCAAGCUCUCAAUCUGAUAAAGAAGCUGGCAAGACAUGAAAAUGAGAGUGUUCCAACCUCAGUAAAAAGAGGAGUGAUAAAGCAAGAAAACAAUGACACUUUGCUCGCUGAACUGUUAUCCAAAAAGAUUGAUAGUAAGUUUGACAGUUUGGCGCAGCAAUUUCAAAAAUUCCAAGUGUCUCAUGUUCAAUCAACUCCUCAGGAAGCUCACGAAUCCAACGAAUGCUCUAAUUCGUUAUCAGAUGAUUCACCUCAACAAGUACAGGUGAAUGGAAUAUGGUAUGACCAGCGCCCUCAGCCGUCAAACUUUCCAAGGAUCAAUAACUAUGGUGCUGGAGGUGGUGGUGGAAAUUUUCAGCGAAGAACUCAAGGAGCUGGCAUGGAUUACAAAUCUAAUAACUACCAGCAGCCUCCACAAAUUCAAGCAAAGGAACCCUCUGAAUUGGAAAAGCUAGUGGCACAGAUGAUAGGUCAACUUGCAAAGCAGGUUUCAGAAAGAAUUCCAGGUACUUUUCCUAGUAAUACAGUUAUCAAUCCAAAGGAAGACUGCAUGGCUAUUACCACUAGAAGUGGCAAAGUUGUAGCACCGCUUGCAAAUCCAAUUCUUGAUCGUGCGGAAGACAAGGAACAAGAGGAGAAGCAGAAAGGAGCAGUUGAACCAGAGGCUGAAGUAAUUGUGAAAGAAAAGGAGAAAGAAGCCGUCAUUGAAAAGGAAAAACCAUCUUUCUUUGAUAAGAAUUGCCCAUUGACCCAUGAAUAUAUAAUGGCUCAAGCACCUUACCCAGAAAGGUUCAAGAAAGAGGUUACUAACAAGCAUUAUGACAGGUUCUUAGACAUCUUCAAGAAGAUGCACAUCAAUAUUCCUUUUGCAGAAGCCUUAGCAAAUAUGCCUGGAUAUGCAAAAUUCAUGAAGGAUCUGUUGAAGAAGAAUAAACUGCAAGAAUGCCAAACCGUUGAACUUACUGCAAAAAGUAGUGCAUUCAUUCAGCAGAAGAUUCCAGCUAAGCUUCGUGAUCCAGGUAGUUUUAAUAUUCCCAUUACUAUUGAUGAUAUUGCCAUUGGCAGAGCUAUUUGUGAUCUUGGGGCUAGUAUCAACUUGAUGCCUCUUUCUAUUUAUAAGUCACUGGGAAUUGAAGAAUUGAAACCCACAGAAGUUUCUCUUCAACUUGCUGAUAGAUCUGUGAGGAAACCUAACGGGAUUAUUGAAGAUGUUCUUGAAAAACAAAGUGUAGCGGAUGAUGCCCAGAAAGAUGGUGCCAUGAAGGUGACUUUGAAGGAGCUUCCUCAACCUCAAAAAAAUGUCUUCUUGGGUAAUGAGGAAGCGUGGCUUUACGUUGGUAUAUUUUUCUCUGAAGUUUUGAUGUGCGCAUUAUAG